CAGGUCCACUAGAGGAAAGCGCGGAGAGCAACUCGGUCUAGUUCAUCCACUGUAACAGGCUAACAGCCGCCGAUCUGCCGGAGAAUUGUCGGAACCACGACGGCGUAGCAGUUCCUGACAUCCCGCUUAGGGUUCUAUGACCAAGAGCGCCGGGUUUGGGGCUUGCUUUCCGUUGAGGCAGGAAGAGAUGACAAAAAACGCUCUCGGGAAAUGAGCCUGGUGGUAAUCAUUGAAUUUGGGGUCUGGUUAGUCGAAGGCCACGAUUGGGUCCCCGGAUGGAGGGUAGUAGCACUCUAGGCACGAUUACUCUGGGCUACAUCCAUGGAUUAUGAUGAAAAUGAUUUUCAAAGCCAAAAUUUUCAGUUAGUUGGGGAAGACAGCAAAUUUUCUGUGAACCUACGGUCAUUUGCUCUUCCAAAAUUUGAUCUUGAUGAACACCUUAGGUUUGAUAGCUUAGUUGAAACGGAAGUUUUACUUGACAUACAAAGUCAAGAAAAUAAUUGGAUUGACUUUCCAUCUGGAAGUAAUGCAGUAGAGUUCAGUUCAAGUGCUGCUGAGUCUUGCUCAAUAUCUAGGCAUAACAAUGUUUGGUCUGAGGCAACGUCAUCUGAGUCUGUUGAUUUGUUAUUGAAAUCAGUGGGAGAUGAUGAAAUAAUCAACGACAAAUCUGUCAUCAUGGAGUCAAGUGCUAAUGAUGUAUCUGAUGGCAUUGAUAAUCAGGUUGAUCCCUAUAUUAAAAAGGAUGGUGUCCUUAACUCAUCCGUGAUGGAUUCCCACCCUAAUGAUAAAGAUGUAAUUAUUCAGGAUGAAUGCCCGAAAAAAUUCUCAAGUCUAAGUGAAGGGCAAAGGGAUUUGCUAACGCAUCUUCAAGGUUCAUCUCAAGCAUCUGAAGUUGAAGAAUCCAGAACUGUCUUUAAUUUAGAUCCUUCAAAUGGAAUCAGUUCUGAUGGAAAGAUUGCUGGUGAUCAGUACAUGGCAGAUGAAAAUCCAACUUAUUCAAAUGAAGCUAUUGAAAGAUCAAGAGUGGCUGAAAAAGUCCGAUGUGAGACAUUUCUGAAAGGAGGACAUGUUAUUAAUGUGCCCAUGAGAACAAAUAUUGAUGAUUGCAACUCAUAUAUGGCGGUUAGCCCCAGCCUAUUAUCUAUUACCUGCAGAAGUAAUCAAGAUGAGAGACUUGUUACUGAUACAACUGGGUUCUCUGAUGAACAAAAUCAGCGAAAUGUCAGUAGCAGGUCUGAUUUGCUAUAUGAUAUUGACCAUAAAAAAAAAUCUAUGGUAAUUCAUAAUUUUGAAACAAAUAAUCAGCUGGUGCCAAAAUCAGAUGCUUACGAGAUGCUGAAUAAAUGUAAUGAUUCUGUAAUUUCUGAGGAUGCUGAUGGUUUUGUGUCCAUUUCAUGCAGAACCGAGGCUUUGAUUCGUGACUGUGAAACAGUUAAUAGAUUUUUAGGAAAAGUAGAUAGUGUAAAUCAAUUAGCACAGGAGCAAUGUAAAAAAUUUGAGGAGAAUUCUGGUAACAGCAGUAGUAAAGCUAUCCAGACGACGUCUCUGUUAACUGAAGGGCACAAAAGUGUUAAUGGCAGACUGCCGGAUGAUUCUGUGGAGGAUGAUAACGCUUACAUUUCAAGUAAUCAGAACUCAACUAUGUCUUGUAAUGAUGGAGGACGAAAACUUGUAACAUAUUUGGAUGCCUUUAGCAAUAAGCAAUAUCCUGAAUGCCAGAUGACAGAAAAUAAAAUUAAUGAUGCUUAUGCUUCCCAAUUGCUAACAGAAUCAAAUGCUUCUAUUCAAGUUAAUUAUGAAAUUCAAGUUAUGGACACAGGCGAUUAUGACAGGAUGAACACUAAUCCACCGAAUAUCGCCUGCGAGAAGUGUGUGUAUGUUGUUGAGGGUAGCACUGCUGAUGAUGUGGAUGUUGAUAAACAAGAGAUGAAAUUAGAUACUGAUAAAGAUAUAGCCCCGGACGAAUCUUCUGCACUUGCUGUUGUGUCUGAUGCUGAAGCUAACUCCUCACCAUGUACUUCUUGUAAGGAAUAUAAAUCAGCUAUGGAUUCGACAGAAUUUCAUAUGGCACAAGGUGAUGUUUUAGUUGAUAAGGAGUCCUCAGUAACACGCACAAAUUUUUGUAGAGUUAGUUUAGGCAUAGCCUCUAAUGUCAUUGAGGUUCAAGACUCUUCACCUGCAGACUUGCAGACUACUGAAGAGUUAUCUUUGGAUGGCUUAUGCAGGAAUAAAUUAGUACAAAAAGAUUUUGAUCCUGUUCCAUUGCCCCUGAACUUUGAAAAGUCUAUGCAUCAUCACCUGCCACCUCCGGAAGAUGCCACUGAUCUUGACGUGGUCGUAGAAAAGAAAAAACCUUUGAUAGAGGCACUAUCUACCUCAGAUUUUAUCCAUUCUGCUGAUCAAGAUGGUAAGGUAUUUAGAAAUUUAGCUUCAUCAUUUCCUACUAUUGAUUUGGUGUCCAAGAAAGCAAGUGACCCGGCAUCUGUUCCCUAUCCAUUGGACAUGGACGGCACUUCACCUUUUAAAUUGUCCCAAGAUGUUUCAGCAGCUAAGUUGGCUUUCCCAGUCAUAUCUAAGGAAAAUGAAGUGAAGCUUUCUGGAAGUUCUAAGUUAACCAAUUUUAGCAAUAAUGUCGACAACGAAACUGUGAAUGGGGAAAAUACAUGCUCUGAUUGUGUUGAAGAUGCUUUAGUGAAUAUGUCAACAAAAAAUGAAGUAAGAGCUGUAGUGCAACCUCCAUCUGCGAUGAAAAGUAUAGAUUUUAUACCAGUUCAGAAUGAGGUUCCAUCUUCUGCAGUAGACGCUGUUGGCAAUGCGGAGUCUGUGCAGCGGGAAGGGACUGAUUCUCAUGGUUCGGUAGAAGGAAUUGAUAAUGCUGUUGAGUCACUGGAAAGUUUCUCACUUGUGAAGAAUGCCGCCUCAGUUUUUUCAGCACAAGCUUCUUGUAGUGAUGGAAAACAAGCAGUAUGCUUUACUUCAUCCAUACAUGACAAUUGCUCUCGUAAAAGCCCAAGCAAUGAGCAAAAUGAUCAAUGCAAUUUUGCCGCAAGAGAUUUCCCGGAAGGGCAUAAUGUGUCUGCUCAAACAGAAGAUAAUGCGUUGACUAAACACAGAAAUGAUUCUUCUCAAAUCUGCAUGAUGAGUACUGUUGAAUCCAACCAAUCAGAUAAACCAAGGGGAAACCCAAGUUCAUCUGAAAGUUGCAAACACUGUGCCCAAGACAAUUUUGAGCAUCCAGAAGUCAAGGUAUCACAUUUAGAAAUUAAUUUGGAUGCUUCGGGUAACAUGGCUUUGGUGUCUUCUCCAAAAGCUGAGAUCACUCAAAAGCUUGAGUGCAGCAGUAAUGAUUCAAAGACACAUGGUAUGCCUGUUGAAGUUAGAAGCGUUACUUCUGUGGUGUCGACAUCUGGGAAUUUGCCUGAGAGAGGUGCUGGCAGUGAGCGGAAGUCUUUUCCCAGUUUACAGUCGAAUGAUAUUCAGCAGAUGCUGAAAGAGAAUCCUCAAGGAUGGCAGGAUGAAGUGAAAGCACUCGAUAUUUCCGCCAAAACCCCUAAUAAGGGAAAAACUAAGAAUGCAUCAAGGCUUUUGAAUGAAAAGAAAAUAUGCUCAAGAGGGAAAACAAAAAAGGAAGCACCAGCUCUAAAGCAGUUUUCUGGAAUGGAUGCCAAAUAUUCUCCCGGCCAACAUAAAUAUGUUCAAACUUCAAGCAAGGAUUUGCCGUUGGUUGAUGUGCGAGAGCAUUCCUCUAUUGAUUGUUCUACUAUCAAAAUAUCCUCCUCUCUGGUUGGCCAGACAUCUGGUAUUCCUGAUUUGAAUUCUUCAUCCUCAACGUUAUUUCAACAGUCUUUCACAGAUCUACAGCAAGUACAAUUACGUGCACAAAUAUUUGUUUAUGGAGCUCUAAUCUCAGGUAUUCCUCCAGAUGAAGCUUAUAUGGUGUCAGCCUUUGGUGAUGCUGAUGGUGGACGGAGAUUAUGGGAAGGUGUGUGGCAUGCUUUGAUUGCAAAGUUUCAGAAUCAGAAAUCUCCCAUCAGUGGCUUUGAGACCCCUUCACAUUCUCGGUCAGUGGGUACAAAUGUUCAAAGCAAAGUCCCAGGGUCGUCUGCUGCCAAAGGCUCCAGCAUGAUUAUAUCCUCAGCUAUGCAAAAUUCAACUGUCUCUUUUCCCUCACCUUUGUGGAGUCUCUCUUAUGGAAAUGGACAGCAUACCAGCAUGCCCAGGGGUGCAUACCUGAACUUCAAUCAGACUGCAUCUCCAUUGACUCCUUGGAGACCUUCACAGUUAAGACAGCAUGUCGAGGCUAGUUCUCCUUGGUUGUCACAGGCUUCUCAUCCUGGACCUUUGUUUGUUUCUUCACACAGUUCAGCCCUUGAUGGCAUCAAACAUUAUUCUACGGCACCUUUUACUGAACCUAUGCAUGCAACUUGCGCAAGUGACUUGUGUGGAUCUCAUAUUCCCAUGAUACAAGUUGCACCCCCUAGUGCUCCUACAUCUGCCACUACUGAGGGAGUCAUUCAGUUGGAAACGACAAAAAAGAGAGGAAUCAAUGGGAGCAAUAAGCAUACAUCAAAAUCUCAAAAGGCUAGAAAGAUGAAGGGUUUGGCAGCGGAGGAGCUAAAUUUGCCUGUUUCUCAAACUUCAGUAGAGUGCAUUCCUGUUCUUGGUGGUGUUGAAAGUCUUCCAUUGCUAUCUGCAAGUACGCAGUUGUUUUCUAAUUCGCCAGUAAAGGUUGCUAAUGGCGCCCCUGUUUCAAUUAGUAUGCCUCACGUGAUUUCUCCAACCCAUUACCGGAUAAUUGAUGAGAAUAAUAAUCAACAUAAGCCAAACCUCUCUGAAGAGACUUGCAGCAAAAUUGAGCUAGCUAAGCUGCAUGCAGAGGAUGCUGCUGCUAUUGCAGCAUCUUCUAUCAAGCAUUGUGAAGCUGUAUGGAGUCAGCUAGCUGCCCAGAAGAAUUCUGGAUUAGUUUCUCAGAUUGAGGAAAAACUUGCUUCUGCAGCUGUUGCAGCUGCUGCAGCUGCUUCUGUUGCAAAGGCUGCUGCAGCUGCGGCUAAAGUUGCAUCUGUUGUUGCUUGGCAAGCCAAAAUAAUGUCAGAUGAAGCUAUUAGUGCAGCAAAAACUGUUAACACUGUCCGGAGUCCAGAAUCUGGCAUUCUUGAUGUUGGAAAGAAAUUAGCAGGGUUAAUUCCCAUAUCAAUUUUGAAAGGAAUGGACAAGAUCCACGAAUCUGCUGAAGUUAUUACUGCUGCACGUGAGGCUGCCAAAAGACGAAUUGAAUUAGCUUCUGCUGCCACAAAACAGGCAGAGAAUUUGGAUGCUAUAGUGAAAGCUGCAGAAUUGGCUGCAGAAGCUGUGGCCCAAGCGGGAACAAUCAUUGCAAUGGGGGAUCCCUUACCAUUUACAUUGGGUGAGUUGGUAGAGGCUGGUACCGAGGAGUUUUGGAAAGUUCAUCAUGGUGCCCCCAUGAAGGUUUCCAAAUUAAGCAACAUGAAUGGACAUGAGCAUGUUGGCGUAGGCAAUGUUAAAGAAUCAGCUAAGCAAUUUGAUGGGCAGUUUUCAAAAGAUGUACAGAGUCAGAAGGCUGCCAGUGAAGGUGGAUUAUCUUCUUUGAUCAAAACUCAUGAGCAACUUGAUGGAACAGCUCAAGGAAAAUUUUCAACUGCUGGACGUGAAAGAGAUCAUUCUGUUAGCUAUACAGGCAUACAAAAGGGUUCUCUAGUCGAGGUCAUGUCUGACGAUGAUGAUCUAAGAGGAGCCUGGUUUUCAGCUAGGGUUCUUGACAUGAAAGAUAACAAGGCAUAUGUCUGCUACAAUGAUUUUUCAACGAAUGAAGGCCAUCUAAAGGAAUGGAUUGUGCUUGCAAAUGAAAAAGAGAAAGCUCCCAGAAUACGGGUUGCUCACUGUACAUCAUUGAAGUAUGAAGGUACAAGGAAACGCCGUAGGGAACAUCUUGGAAGUUAUAGUUGGGCUCUUGGAGAUCAUGUUGAUGCUUGGAUGCAGGAUAGAUGGUGGGAAGGAACGAUUGUUGCGAAGGGCUCAGGAGAUGAUACAAAGCUGACAGUGCAUCUCCCAGCUAAAGAUGACAAGCUGGUUGUUGAUGCAUGGAGUGUUCGCCCUUCACUUAUCUGGAAGGAUGGACAAUGGAUGGAGUGGUGCCACUCUAUGGAAAAGCAACCCAAGCCACAUGAGGGUGAUACUCCACAAGAGAAACGACAAAGAUUAGGCGGGCUUGAGACAAUGAAUCAAUCGGAAGCUGAUGCUGCUGGAAUGGGAAAGCUUUCAAAGAAUAUGCUUAUAGAUGCAUCUAGGAAACCUGACUCGAGAUCAUUAAUUUUAUCUGCGAAGGAGAGAACCUUUUCCAUUGGAAAGGAUUCAAGGGAGGUGGUUACUUCCAAUGCAUUUAAAGCAAAACGGACAGGCUUGCAGAAGGAAGGAUCAAGGGUGGUUUUUGGGGUUCCAAGGCCUGGAAAGAAACGGAAGUUCAUGGAAGUCAGCAAGCAUUAUGUAGCUGAUAAAUGUGAGAAGGCUAGAGAAGGUAGUGAUCCCAUCAAAUUUACAAAAUAUUUGAUGCCACAGGCAUCUCAAAAGUUUAAGAAUACCUCAAAAGUUGAUACUAAAGGAAAGAAGCCUGGCGACAGCAAGUCUAGAGUUGGGGUUAAAGCUGAUAAUUCACAGUGCAUUCAAGCUACAAGUCACGCUGAGAAGACCGAUGGUUUGCUUACUACAUCAAAUGAUGCACCCAGACAUGAGAAUCUUGAAAAUGCCAUAUCCAGUUUCAGCAGUAAUAGCAACAGUUUAGACAAGACGAAUACAUUUAAAUUUGGUUCUUCCCUGCACCAAGCUGAAAUUCCAGCUGCGGAGUCAGCAUCGUCGGUGCUGUCUGCACCUACUGCUCUAUCAUCAAAGAAAAAGAAUAUUCUAGGUUCUGAAUCAGAUUUAGCUGUGAAAGCAAAACCUAUUCUGAAUAGGACAUCCAAAGGUGAUGAUAAAGGACUUGGAAAUCAUGGAAAGGCAAUACGUGGAGCCGUGGAGCCCCGUAGAUCUAACCGUCGGAUUCAGCCAACAUCUAGGUUACUGGAGGGUAUUCAAAGUUCCCUAAUCAUUUCAAAGAUGCCAAGCAUCUCUCAUGACAAGAAGUCCUCAAGAGGUAAUGUACAUGGUUGAAAGGAGACGCAUGCUCCGUCGCUCUUUGUCAAAAUUACAGGAGUCUUGUGUAUGCUUAAGAUGACUAUUUAUCUUUGCAGGGUUCUGUAUAUAAAUUACAGAUUUAGGACAAGUGAGGCAUAAGGUUGUCUUCUCAGAGGAUAAGUUGUAUAGUGUCAUAGUUAAAAAUUAUUUAUACAUAUCUUGAUUUUGGGUACCCGUAGAGUAUAUACUUGGACUAUGAUAAUGUAAUUUAUUUCAAACCUUUUAGAAAUUUCAUGUAGGAACGAACACAUGAUUUUUAGCUGCAGGGUCUGCUCCAUAUUUUUAGACCAUCAGGAAACUGGACUAAAAAGCAAAGUACAAGUAAAGUUAUCCCAAACUCAUUGCAAUUCUAAAUUGUCUGUUUGUCA